GACGGCAUCGUUGUGACAUAGGCACUGUGACAUUGCGAAAACUUUCGACGCUGACAGAGACUGAUUGUUACUGUAAAGGUUUGUAGGACAUCUGUUGUGCAAACCGGAGACGGAAUGACAAUAGUCUGUCAAUUAUGUGAACGUGCAUAUCAUUGUCGGAUGCAGUGUUACAAAAACCUCAGAAAACCGUUCUUGAAACACUCGUUUAUCAAAGAUGGGCAAACCAAAAGUUUUCACAAUAACUUUAGACAACCCCCAGAGGGUGUAUUCUCCGGGACAGUGUCUACAGGGUCACCUUACACUGGAACUAGACGAGGAAAUGGAGAUGAAGGGCAUACAGCUUCAGCUAAUCGGCGGGGCCAGAGUGAAAUGGUCGGAAAGCUGCUCUAAGGGAGUUGGGAUGGCCAGGCGGACUGUCACCAAGCAUUAUGUAGCGAACGAUAACUACUUCAACGACGAAUUGGUUCUGUUUGGGAAAGCGACGGGAGAAGAUGGGGACAACGCUAGUCUAUCCGCAGGGCGUUACACAUACCCCUUUCAGUACAAACUGCCACCCGGCAUACCCUCCUCAUUUGAAGCCACAUUGGGGAGGGUACGGUACUGGCUGAAAGGCACCAUUACCAAGCCGUGGACAUUUGAUGACACAACGAAAAAGAUCUUUACAGUUGCUAAUUUACUCGACCUCAACGCUGAACCUGAGGCAAUGCUAGGUCUGAGAGGAGAAGACCAAGAAACACUCUGCUGCCUGUGCUGUACAUCCGGCCCAAUAAGCUGCAGGUUCCAAAUUGACCGAUGUGGCUUUGUUCCGGGUGAAUCUAUCCCUAUCAAAGCUGAGAUCAUCAACCGCAGUAACAGAAAAAUGAAGAGAUCAUUUGCUGAGCUCUACAUGGUUGUGAUUUAUCAUACAACAAAAAGAUCACGUACCAUCAUGAAGAAAAUAUGCGAAAUAUCCCAUGGUGAAAUCCUUCCUGGGGAAUCGGAUAUAUGGACCGGGGAUUUGCUAAAGAUACCCCCAGCUCCACCUUCCAAUUUAAACGGUUGCAGUAUAAUCGACAUUGAUUACUAUGUUAAGUUUUGUGUGGAACCUGCUGGUCCUGCGUUGAAGUUAGAAAUACCCUUGAAAGUACUCAUUGGAUCAGUACCGCUGAGGUCCGCAAUGGAACAGAAUAGGCCUGAUUCUCAGGUCCACGGUCCAAACCAGGAUCAGCUUUUCGAGGAAGGCGCACAAGCUGAUGUACAACCUGCAGAAUCACUGACUCCACCAUCGUAUGCCGAAUGUAUGUUUGGCAAUGUUAACAUUCAAGAUGACUGUGAAAACGACCAUGCCCAGGGAGACUUCACCCCUAUGUACGCCUAUUACAACUGGGGAGACACAACUCGACCGUCAUCACAUCCACAGUAACGUCUUUCUCCGUCAACAUCGAAGAUAUACAAUGAGCAGUCGCAGACCUUGACCCGAAUGGUUAUCUUGGUUCUCUUUAAAUGUCAUUGCCGUUGGUUAUCUGCCUCGCACUUCCCUCAACACAAUUUAUGACACCACUUGUGAAGACAUGCCAAGGAGAAUGUAACCUCAGGCUAUGAGUGUCUAGAAAUGAUAUCAGGAAUACUAAAACGUGACUGAAGGCGCUCUGAUAUGUUUAAAUUAAGCCAUGCAACUUUUACAGUGUUUGUGGAGAACUUACAACGUCGAACUAGUCAUGAGAUGUGUAUGUGAAAGCACAACCCCGAACGACCAUAUGUUGAUUAUAACGUGUGCCUCUCCUAACAAAGCAAUGCUAUCAUAUGCUAAUCAUAAGGGAACAACCGCCUGAGAUUUAAUCGAAAGAAAUAUAGCGUUCCCGAAAGUACUUGAAUAUAUUAUUAUGCUUCUGACAGUUGGACAAAAUCAUCCAGAAAAUGUCUGCCACAAAACUUCAUUGUUGCAAGGGUUGUUUCUUUUGUUUUUGUUUUGUUUUUUAAAACAGAGCACAUUUAGGUUUAAAAUAUCAAUUUUAAAUGUCUGGUAUCGACAGCUAAAGGGAUUUCCAUCUAUAUUUCACAUGUGGGAAGACCGAUUUAUACAUUUAUACCAUUAGUUGUAUGGAAUGUACAUUUGAGCAAAUGCCCAUACUAAGUUUCUGGGGACUGACAUAAAAAUAAAACAUUAGAGAUGACCCCCAACUCGAAAAGCUUCACAGUACAAUACAUUAUGACAAGGCCGGACACUUC